GGGCGGGCCCGAUCAGAAGCGCCAGAAGUUGAUCGCUUUCAUCCAGAUGGUGAGCAGGCAGCAGCACCGCGCGCUCGAGGAGGGGGAGCCCGUGUUCUGCGCGGGCGACAAGGCGGACAAGUUUUACAUCCUCGCGUCGGGCAGUCUUGUGGUCGUCGAGCCGCCGGCCGAGGGGGCGGCGGGAUUAGAGGCGCACGGGGGGGACACGGCAGACGCCUCGCCGUCGCUGGCAUCCCGCCGUUCGUCGGGCAAUUUGCCGCUCGGGCGCAUCCGUGCGCGCGAAGGGUUUGGCGAGAUGGCGCUGUUGAGCAAGCGCGAGGUGCGCAGCAAGACGGUGCGUUGCGCGUCGCCACGGUGCGAGAUCGUCGAGAUUGCUGGCGAUGACUUUUGCCGUUUGAUUGCGAAGUCGAGCGUGGUGCGCGAAAGCUUCGAGUGGCUGAGUGAGCGGCGGAAGCGGGCCAACGAGUCGUCGGGCCAGACGCGUGUUGUGCGCGGGCAAACUGUGGUGCGCCGCCGCUCGUCGCGCGAGCCAGGCCAGUCUUGAGACGCCGCGUCUUCGCGGCGCAGCGCAUAUACGGCAGGUCUGUGGCGGCCCGAAAGGUGCUCGAGGUAGGUGCUCGAGCCUUGCAUGGGCGGGGAGAGAGGACAGUACGUCGUAUACAACCUAUGUGUCCGUCCGCAUGACGCUCGCGCGGCGACUCGCGGGGGCGCGGCGCGCUGCCUUGCGGCUGCGCGGGCGGGGGCCGGGGACAGGCUGCCCCCCCGCGUCGCGACUCCGGCCCGCGCGGGAGAACCCGAGAGACGCUCUCGUAAUACGUUUACUUAAGCAUGAGUUUUGUAUGUAUGUAGAAGAGGAGUGCAGAAGAU